AUGGUGAACAUUGAGAUGCCGAAGAAUUAUACGGCGUCACCAUCCUCAUUCAUGGGGACGUCGUCGUUGACAAUUAAUCAUGAGGCUACCUUGGAUCUCGAUUCGAGCAAUGCCUUUGAAGGGCCCGAAAAGCUUUUGGAGGUGUGGUUUGGUCCGUCUCCUCGGGACUUUCUCGGAUCAACGGAGCCAACAGGCCUCAAAGUCGUUCCGGUAGAGAUAUGGAAGGAUAUGCUUGACCUUGUCAGCUGCAAGGUCUUGUCAAUCAUCGAAUCCGACGAUGUCGACGCUUACCUGCUCUCCGAAUCCAGCAUGUUUGUAUUCCCCCACAAGCUCAUUCUCAAAACCUGUGGAACCACUACCCUACUGUCUGGAUUGCCGCGCAUCCUCGAGAUUGCGGCCUUGUACGCUGGUUUCCCCAAAAACACCGCCCCUGCUUCGCUUGGGAUCAAGACUGCGGCUGCUCCAUACCGCGUCUUCUAUAGUAGAAAAAACUUUUUGUUCCCCGAUCGCCAGCGCGGUCCCCAUCGUAGCUGGCGCGAUGAGGAUAUGGAUCAACAAUCCUUGCCUCCCGAACUCACCACAGAAGGCCACGGUCUUGGAACCGUCGUUGCUGAAUCAUGCGGUCUCUCCGACAUCUAUCCAACAAGCAAAUACCCUGGUGCGCGGGUCGAUGCGUAUCUAUUUACGCCGUGCGGCUUCUCCGCAAACGGUGUCGUACCGGCUCCCCCUUCCGACACGAACGCAACAUCCAAGCCCGCCUCUGGCUCUCAUUACUUCACCGUCCAUGUGACCCCGGAACCCCACUGCUCCUACGCCUCCUUCGAAACUAACGUUCCCCAACUCCAAAGCGGGCGCGGAGCCUCCGAAAUCGUCGAGCAUGUCGUGGACAUUUUCAAACCGGGUCGUUUCAGCGUGACACUGUUUGAGACUAAGAAGCGGCCUGAUACCAAUGCUACCAACAAUAACAGUACCGAUAAUACUAACGAUGUCAAUGGUGCUGUAUCUGCUUCCAACAGGAAUGCAAAUGGCAAAAGCCACCAGUCGCAUGGCGAUCAGCGGCAGCUGAAACGCAACCAAAACGCGGCUGUUCGCGAUGAGAAGAUGGAGCGGAUCCCUGGCUACCGUCGUAUUGAUCGCAUCGUGCAUGAUUUGGAUGGGUAUGAUCUUGUCUUCCGCUACUAUGAGCGGAAUGACUGGAGAGGUGGCGCGCCGCGCAUUGGGGAACAUGUGCUUUAA